AUGUCUGUUUCACCCAAAUCUCCUGUGUCGGACAUUUUCGACCCCGUUCCCACCCCUUCAUCGUCGGAGCUUAACCAUAAGCAGACUCCACCUAUUUCCCCCAUCAACGUGAAGUAUUAUAAUGAUUAUCUCACAAAACCACAAUUCAACUUUCUUUUGGUCAAUUGCUCGGUCAACUUGCUUAGAAUGUUGUAUCCAGAGUUGGACUUUCAAAAGUCAAAGUUGAGAUUCUUCAUUGUUGAAAUUCUUAGAAGAUCCAAAACAUCAGUUCAAAGUUUGCAAUUGACUUGUUUCUAUCUCCUGAAGAUUUUGAAAAAAUCAGAAAGGGUUCUUCCUCAAUGCCCAAAGAAAUUCUUCUUGGGAUUACUUAUCAUUGCUUCCAAGUUCAAUCAGGAUUUGAACUACCUGUUCAAGUCGUGGCUCAAGAUCUGUGGUUGCAAUGGUCAGUCUUCGACAUCAGAUUUCAACUUGAAAGUACUUAAGCAAGUCGAAGUACAAUGUCUUCAACUCCUCGAUUACAAUUGUUACAUCAACGGCUUACAGUAUGAGAAUUGGUGUAACAUUCUCGCUAUUUUUGGCUAUGACUUUAUCAGAUGUCACAAGUGUCUUACCCAAGAGUUGAUUUGGGAAGCGCAGCCUGAGAUCGUAGAGUCCAGAUUGCAGAAAUGGAAACUUUUUCUUUCCAAGUUGAAUUUUGAAGCAUUGCUUGCUGCCGAAGUUCAUUUUUCCGACUAUUACGUCGCUCAAAUUGGUAAGAAGGUGGUUUUAUCAGAAGAAGAUGUGCCAACUUUGUUCUCACAGACUGGAUCUAAGAGACAAUGUGGUGACGCAUUUGAGUUUGAGUCUAAGAGAUAUAAAGUCAGUUACCAUAGUGUUAACUAG